GUCAUCAGGAGGAGUCCGGUGUUCGUGUCGGUUGUGUGAUCUCCGCUCGGUGAACAACACAAACUCCAUCAUGUCAGGUGUGAUGAGUUCCAGUAGUGUGUCAGUUCCAGUGGAGCAUCUGGACUACAGCUUCAUCCAGAGCUGCUCCGACCUCAAACAGCUGGAGCAGAUCCUGAGAGUCCUGCGCUCUGGUCAGGAGGGUGUGUAUCCUCAUCUGAUUGGCUUCUGUGAGCGACGCAUCGAGACGCUGAACCCCAGAUCUGCAGAGCUCCGGACGGAGAACCAUCCACACACAGCGGCCUGUUACACCGAGGAGGAGUGGAGGAGCAUCACUGAAGACCUGCAGGUGUGGGAGAGGAGUGUGCGGAUGACUGAAGCGGUGCUGAUGCGCAGCUCUAUAUUCAGCGGUGAGCAGUGUGUGCUGCCGGUGCGAUCCUCAGACAGAGCGCUGCAGACAAACCAGGAGAAGAGGAAGACGGUGAAGACCUCCUGCGUCCCUCGACCAUACACAGACUGGGACAGGUUAGAUGUGGACUCUGCGUGCGCAGGUGAGAGUGUGAGGAAUGCUCCUGCUGCUGCUGUGUGUCCAGAGCUUCAGCAGAGGCUCAGCAGCAGCACAGCUCUGACAGCGCUGGAGAAGCAGACUGCAGCUCUCCGAGAGAAAGACAAGGCCAAUGAAGCGUACAGGAGCCGAGACUAUGAGGAGGCGCUGGAGUACUACUGCAGGAGUCUCUCUCUGGCCUCUUCAGCUGCUGUGUUCAAUAACCGCGCUCAGACUCUCAUCCGUCUGCAGCAGUGGCCCGCCGCUCUCAGAGACUGUGAGGCCGUCCUCCAGCUCGAGCCACACAACAUCAAGGCUCUGCUGCGCCGUGCCACUGUGCACAAACAUCUGGGUCACCGGCAGGAAUCUCAUGAUGACCUGAGAGCAGUUCUCCAGAUCGAGCCACAAAACAAGACAGCACUGAAGCUCCUGGCGGACGAGAGCGACACAGAUCCGCCUCAGCAGAGACGCAGCACAGGAAGGAGGAUCCCGAUACAGGAAGUGGAGGAAGAGGAAGAAGGUGCUCACAGUGAACACAGCAGAGAGGGCAGAGGAAUCAUGGGAAAUACACACAGCAGCAGCAGCAGCAGAGGAGGCGGAGCUGCCCAUGGAGACGCCCAUACUGAGGACACACCCUCGGGACACGCCUACACUGAGGACACACCCUCUGGACACACCCACACUGAGGAUACACCCUCUGGACACACCCACACUGAGGACACACCCUCUGGACACACCCACACUGAGGACACACUCUCGGGACACACCCACACUGAGGACACACCCUCUGGACACACCCACACUGAGGACACGCCCUCACGACACAUCCACACUGAGGACACGCCCUCACAACACACCCACACUGAGGACAUGCCCUCUGGACACACCCACAAUGAGGACACGCCCCCGGGGCACACCCACACUGAGGACACGCCCCCGGGGCACACCCACACAGAGGACACAUCCUCUGGACAGAUGGAGGCCACGCCCCCUGGGCACAUCUACACUGAGGCCACUCCCCCUGGGCACACCUACACUAAGGACACACCUCCUGGACACACCCACAUGACGGAUGAGGAACACAAAGAGACUGCAGAGCAACACACACAGGACAACUCUGAACACACUGCAGCAGUGUUGGAGCUCCUGAGGCAUGAUGGGAAGGUUCUGUUCUGCAGCGGCAGCUAUGAGGAGGCAGUGGAGAAAUACACACAGAGUCUUCAGCUGAACACACACACCUGCACAGCGUACACCAACAGAGCGCUCUGCUACAUCAAACUCCAGCGCUUCACUGAAGCCCGGCAGGACUGUGACUCCGCCCUUCAUAUCGAACCCACCAAUAAGAAGGCUUUCUACAGACGAGCACUGGCCAAUAAGGGUCUGAAGGAUUACCUGUCGUGUCGUUCAGACCUGCAGCAGGUGUUGCGUCUGGAUGCGAGUGUGACGGAGGCGCAGCGGCUGCUGAUGGAGCUCACACACCUGAUGGAGGACAGGAGACGCAGGACUGUACACAUCACUGAGGUGGAGGAUGAAGAUGAUGAAGGUGUGGUCAGCAGUGCAGAUUGAGCCAUGGAGAGUGUGUGUGUGUGUGUGUUGGGUCGGACUCUGAACCAUCCGUCGCCUUGACAACCUGCUGACCAAUGCUGACCCAAGGACAAAGCAUCACAGCUAACACAUCACACCUAGCAGGAGCUGCAGCUGCAGUGUCCAUCCCUGAUGAUCCUCUAUAGUCCU